GGCACGCUGAGAGAGCCGCGCGCGUCGCCGGCCCCGGCUCUUCGCUCCGACUCCACCGCCGGCCUCCGGGAGCCCCGGCCGCCUCCCGGGCCGGGCAGCUCCGCUUUCUGGCAGCCGCGCUCCGCGUCACAGGAACUUCGGCAGGACCCCGACGGGAUCCGCGCGCGCGGGGCUGAAUCCGGAGCCCCGCGGCUAUGCCCCGUGUUUCCCUCCCCACCAGUCGCUCGUCCUGCGCCCGGGCCCGGCCCCCGACGGCCACGCGUUGAGAUGACUUUCCGCGACCUCCUGAGCGUCAGUUUCGAGGGACCCCGCCCGGAUAGCAGUGCCGGGGCCUCCAGCGCGGGCGGCGGCGGGGGCGGCGCGGGCGGCACGGCCGCCUCGGAGGGCCCGGCGGUGGGUGGCGUGCCAGGGGCCGCGGGCAGCUGCGGCGGCGUGGUGGGCGCAGGCGGCGGCGAGGACAACCGGAGCUCCGCCGGGGAGCCGGGGAGCUCGGGCGCCGGCGGCGAGGUGAACGGCACUGCGGCCGUCGGGGGGCUGGUGGUGAGCGCUCAGGGCGUGGGCGUGGGCGUCUUCCUGGCAGCAUUCAUCCUCACGGCUGUGGCGGGCAACCUGCUUGUCAUCCUUUCGGUGGCCUGCAACCGCCACCUGCAGACGGUCACCAACUAUUUCAUCGUGAACCUGGCUGUAGCUGACCUGCUGCUGAGCGCCACGGUGCUGCCCUUCUCGGCCACCAUGGAGGUUUUGGGUUUCUGGGCCUUUGGCCGAGCCUUCUGCGACGUGUGGGCCGCCGUGGACGUGCUGUGCUGCACGGCCUCCAUCCUCAGCCUCUGCACCAUCUCCGUGGACCGCUACGUGGGCGUGCGCCACUCACUCAAGUACCCCGCCAUCAUGACCGAGCGCAAGGCGGCCGCCAUCCUGGCGCUGCUCUGGGCUGUCGCCCUCGUGGUGUCCGUGGGGCCACUGCUGGGCUGGAAGGAGCCGGUGCCCCCGGACGAGCGCUUCUGCGGCAUCACAGAGGAGGCAGGCUACGCUGUCUUCUCCUCCGUGUGCUCCUUCUACCUGCCCAUGGCGGUCAUCGUGGUCAUGUACUGCCGCGUGUACGUGGUCGCGCGCAGCACCACGCGCAGCCUCGAGGCGGGCGUCAAGCGCGAGCGGGGCAAGGCCUCGGAGGUGGUGCUGCGCAUCCACUGCCGCGGGGCGGCCACUGGCGCCGACGGGGCGCACGGGACGCGCAGCACCAAGGGCCACACCUUCCGCAGCUCACUCUCGGUGCGCCUGCUCAAGUUCUCCCGCGAGAAGAAAGCGGCCAAGACGCUGGCCAUCGUCGUGGGCGUCUUCGUGCUCUGCUGGUUCCCUUUCUUCUUCGUCCUGCCGCUCGGCUCCCUGUUCCCGCAGCUGAAGCCAUCGGAGAGUGUCUUCAAGGUCAUCUUCUGGCUCGGCUACUUCAACAGCUGCGUGAACCCGCUCAUCUACCCCUGUUCCAGCCGCGAGUUCAAGCGCGCCUUCCUCCGCCUCCUGCGCUGCCAGUGCCGGCGUCGCAGGCGACGCCGCCCCCUCUGGCGCGUCUACGGCCACCACUGGCGGGCCUCGACCGGCGGCCUGCGUCCCGAUUGCGCCCCCGGCCCCGGCGUCGCGCCCCCCGGGGCCCCGCUGGCCCUCACCGCGUCCCCCGACCUUGACCCCGACCCCCCAGGCACGCCCGAGGUGCAGUCUGCGGUCGCCGGCCGUCGAAAGCCGCCUUGCGCCCUCCGCCAGUGGCGCCUGCUCGGGCCGUUCCGGAGACCCGCCACCCAGCUGCGUGCCAAGGUCUCCAGCCUGUCCCAUAGGAUCCGCGCUGGCGGCGCCCAGCGGGCAGAGGCUGCAUGCUCCCUGCGCUCCGAGGUGGAGGCCGUGUCCCUGGGCGUCCCCCACGACAUGGCCGAGGGCGCCACCUGCCAGGCCUACGACGACUACAGCAACCUCCAAGAGACUGAUAUUUAAGGACCCCUGAGCUAGGCCCCUAAGCUGAGCUGUGGGGGAGGGAGGCUGGCUUUGUUCAAGAGGUCUGUGUAAAUCAGGGACCGGGAAAGUCAUGGGGUGGCUGCUCUGUGGCAUCCCUGAAGCACUCGGGUGGGGCUUGGGGCUGGAGCCCUUGAACGAGCUCCUGGACACUGGCGCCCAGAGCUCUUCCUUUAGGAGAGAGGGGCUGUGGGCUCCGGUUCCCUAGGGCCAUUUGCUCCCAAUCCCUAUUUGAGAAACACUGCCCCAUCCACCAUGCCCUGAACCCUGAACAGACAGCCCCAAGUUUGGCGGGGCAGGCGGCCCCUGCUCUUCAGGGAGUAGGCACAAAGGCCUCGCCUGGCUGGCCCCAGGGCCUCCCCUAGGGAAAAGUGGGGCCAGGGCUCCUCCAUGGACAUAAUUUCUCCUUACUGCCGACUGCAGAGACCCAGUGGACCUGCCACCACCACCCACAAGCUUUGUGGCAGAUAGGAUGGCGGUCAUACAAGCCUGUUGUAUUUGCCCCUGGGCCCACUGCCCCCUACCCAGGCAUCUCCAUGCACACCCCAUCACCUGGCCCUGGCCCUCAUUACCGCCCCACAAGGGCCUUACUGUUUACACUGUACAUAGCUCAUUGUGCCUGUGCCCAUCACUUCUUGCUGGGAUUCCAAGCCACCAACUGGGUGAGGCUUUAUCUGUCAUUUUGAGACAUAUUUAUUAGUAAGAGUACUUCUAUUUUGUCCAAACUGUGCAGACUGUCCCUCUUUAGCCCAUAACCCACAAAGAACUACUUUUCUUUCCCCUAAAAUCCUUCAAGUACUAAAGGCCCAUAACAGGAUAGAUCGGUUCUGCAUUCGCUUUUCUAGUUUCAACUUAACUGGCUUUUUAACUGAUGGCUGCUGUCCUUUAGGACUUUUGGCAUGACCAAAGGAUUUGGAGGUUUUGUUGGCUUUUAAAAUUCACAUGAUCAGUCUUGGGAACCAGAUAGUGAUCAUAAGCACAAAUUUUCCCUUUGUCAGUCUCCCCAGAUGCAUCUGUGAUGCUCUGAGGACCUCAGUGAGAAAGGCGGCCAUCAGUUAAAUGGGUGAAACGUUACAUGAAAAAACAUAUGAGCCCAAGUAGACGUGUAUACAUGGCUAGUAAGAGGCCCCGUACCUAGGAACCAGGCUUGUUAGCUUUGAGUAAAAUGCCAUAUUCCCACUUGUCAUAUUCCCACUGGAUUGCAGGCAGUUCAGUCUUCAGCUGAAUAAUAUCAACCCUAUAUAUCCAACCAGCAUAGGAGUGAUGGCUGUGGCCCAGUGGACUCUUGGAACAAGAGCUGGUUAAACAAUACCCUGGGGUGUCCGGGGAUGCUCUGAAACUGGAAGAGCCAGCUGCUGGGGCCAACAUGGGCCAGUAUUUUGAGCCAAAAGUUUUCAUCCUGUACUAGGGAGGUAGUGUGUUCAAAAGGUCAUAACAUUUUCAGGCCUCUCACCCAAGUUUUAUAAGGUUACAAAGGCAGCCAAUAUCACAGCUUGGACACAGACAUUUCACACAGUGGGUCUACAACAGGUCCAGGGCUUUCAGGCUCUCAGCAUCCCCCAAAGAGCAGUUUAUGGCUAGGAGCAUGUUGGGUGCUGGGAGUAAGUUGUAUACUCCAAAGAGGGCCCUACUUUGUAGUAUAUAGUCUUCCCUAAGGCUGGAGAUGGUGGGGACAGCUCCCACUGUCCUCUGACAGAGGGACAGAGGUAGGGGCCACUGGUCAGAACAGUGGUCAGUGAGGGGGCAGGCCCCAGUGUCAAAGAAUUGAACAUUGGCCUCCUGGGCUGGGGUAAACCAGACCUGCUUCAAUACAGGCUUGGGAUUGGGGAGGGUCUCUGAGCAGGGAGAAUGUUGAGCUUACAGGAGGUCAAGUUGGGGAAGAGGGGAGGUAGAAAGGGAACCUUCAUCAGGAGGAUUUGGGGGCUUCUCUGGCCUGGAUAACACAAUGGGAGUGGAGGCAGGAGGGGCCAGCAGCUGCCCUGUACUUGCUCUCAGCAUGGUGAUGAGUCAUGAGACUUGUGGUCACGAGUCUGUCAGCAGAACAUGUCUGAUGUUCAAGCCUCGGCCCCAUCUCCUGGGCCGUGAGCCCUCCCCACACAGCUGCUCCACCUGUACCCCCACACCAGGCACUGAGCUUACAGGAGGCGUGGGAGGGCUGCAGAGCCCCCAGAGAGGCCAUGCCACAGUAAGGGCAUCCAGGGACCUUAUUCUAAUCAUCAAUAAAGCCCUGUGCUGCUGA